AUGGCCGCCUUUUGGGAGGACCCGACGUGGAUCGCCCUGUGGCCCAAAGCCGUCACACUGGAUUUCCUUAUCGAGCAGUCCACAAAGCGACAGGCACGCAACCUCCUUCGCUCGCGAGAGGACACGCGCCACGAGAAGGCCGUCGACCCUAUCACUGGUACGGUAGUCGGGUAUGCGCGCUGGAUUCUGCCACCGGGCCAUGUGACUGCCGCGGAUGGGAAGCCAACGUGGGCCGAGGCGCAAGUCCCUGACGUCGGCGAGGCGGAGCGGAAGCACUAUGAGGAGCUGGCGGCGUCUGCGUGGUGGAAUCCAAAGGAGGGCAUGGGCGAGAUUGAUGCGAAGAAUGAGGUGGUUAUGGAACGCAUCUUGGCCGAGAGGCCAUAUAUCACCUUGGAUUAUCUAGCGGUUCACCCUGAAAAUAAAGGCAAAGGGAUUGGCACGGCACUCGUGGAGAGUGGAAUCCAGCAUGCGGAGAAAAUUGGACUUCCGAUUUUUGUUCUUGCGUUCAAGGCAGGCCGAGGCAUAUAUGAGCGAUUGGGAUUCAAGGAGGUGGAUCGUGUCAUACAGGAUGAUACCAAAUAUGGCGGACAGGGCGAAUACGGUGCCUACUUUAUGGUGUAUGACGUUCGCCCCGAAAGCCGCAUGAGGCCUUAG